AUGGAUACAGAAAGCUUGAUAAAGACUAUUAUCAGAGGAAUUAUGUGUCUGGCUGGAAUCAUUGGUAACAACUGGCUGUGCAUCAGCUCUCUGCCAAAAUCUAUUUCUCAGCUUCGAACUAGCGAAGCUCUCUUUAUAAACUUGGCUGUAUCCAAUCUGAUCACUAAUUAUCUGGUGGACACCCUCGACAUUUUCGAAAACGAAGAUAUGCCUGUGGGUGAGUUGUUUUGCAGAUUUCGAUUUUUCCUACCUGAAUUCUCAGAGACCAGCAGCCUCUUGACCACCAUGAUAAUCACUGUUUACUGGCAUCAGAAGCUUGUGGGCUCUCUGAAGCACGGAGGAGCUCCUGUACGAAUGGACAACCUCCACGUCAUUGCCAUGCUGCUGACAGCAACCUGGUCCUUCUCAUUUUUCUUCAACCUUCCUCAUUUUGUGUUAUCCGGUGUAAGCAGUGGGAACAUGACUGUCCCAGAAUGCGAGGAAGUGCUGCCAUCGGCAGAAGCCGAACAAGCCUACAAUAUAGUGUACACGAUACUCACAAAUGUGUUUCCAAUUUGUGUUGUUCUUUAUGCAAGCAGCCAGAUUGCGAUUACACUGAUAGAGAAUGAAAAUAGAAUGAAGAAUAUGGGUGAAGAAGUCAAAAAUGAAGGGAAUGCCUCAAACAACAAAAGUGGAGACAACACAAAUAAUGUAUCAACAGUCACCAAGUCCAAGGCACAAGCUAAAACAGGAGGUUUGGUGAGGGCUGCCAAGAGCGUGAUGGCAGUGGCCAUUCUUUUCUUAAUUUGUUGGACAAUUCACCUCAUUGUCAGAAUAACCGAUUCCAUCUCACCAACCAGUGUGAUAGAGGACAUAGAGAGCUUUAUAGGUGCAUCCUAUAUAAGCACCAUCCCUUAUAUUUAUCUGUACGGUGUGCAAAAGCUGACCUGCUCGACAUGUUAA